AUGUACGUUUGGUAUGUUCAUGCUAACGCAACGUUUGUACAUAGUAAUGGUUGCGGGCUGGAUAUCGGCGUCAAAGAUGGCCGUGUGGUGGGAGUACGCGGUCGCGCGACCGACCGGGUGAAUAAAGGACGUCUGGGUCCGAAGGGUUUACACGGCUGGGAAUCCAUCCACCAUCCGGACAGGUUGAAGCAUCCACUCAUCCGGCGCAAUGGCAAGCUCGAGCAGGCGUCGUGGGACGAAGCGAUGUCCCUGAUUGUCGACAAGGCGAAGGAAAUACGGGCACGUUUGACAAAUCAUGGCAUUGGGUUCUAUACCUCCGGUCAAUUGUUCUUGGAGGAAUAUUAUGUUCUAGCGAUGAUUGGCAAGGCCGGGUUGAAUACCCUCCAUAUGGAUGGCAAUACCCGUUUGUGUACGGCCACUGCGGCGGCUAGCAUGCGUGAGUCUUUUGGUAGUGAUGGUCAGCCGGGGUCUUAUGGGGAUAUUGACUAUACGGAAUGUCUGUUUAUGGUCGGUCAUAACGUGGCGAAUACGCAGACGGUCUUGUGGUCUCGAAUACUGGAUCGUCUCGAAGGGGCGUAUCCUCCGAAGCUCAUCGUGGUUGAUCCUCGACGGUCGGAAACGGCGAAGAAAGCCACGAUCCACCUGGCACCUAAAAUCGGGACAAAUGUGGCUCUCCUCAAUGGAUUGCAGCAUCUGUUAUUCAAGAAUGGCUGGGUUAACGAGGCGUUUGUCUCGAAGCAUGUGGUGGGAUUGCAGCAACUAGAGGCUGUAGUGGAGGAAUACACCCCGGAGUAUGUGAUGCAAGUCACCGGCGUCCCUACGACAUUACUAGAAGAAGCAGCCAGGAUUAUAGGAACUAGUAGUAGCCUGCUAUCAACUGCGCUGCAGGGAGUUUACCAAUCGAACCAAGCUACGGCAGCUGCCUGUCAGAUCAACAAUAUCAACCUGCUGCUUGGACAUAUCGGUAAGCCUGGCAGCGGGAUUCUGCAAAUGAACGGCCAACCCACUGCUCAAAAUAACAGGGAGGCCGGAUGUGACGGUGAAUAUCCAGGGUUUCGAAAUUUCCAGAACCAGAAGCAUAUGCAAGAGAUCGCGGACCACUGGAACAUUGACUUGAUUCGAAUGCCGCACUGGAAUCAGCCGACGCAUAUUCAGAAUAUGCUUAAUUACAUCGAGAACGGCUCGAUUGAGAUGUUUUGGGUGUCGGGCACGAACCCGCUGGUCAGCCUACCCAAUCUGCACCGUGUCCGAGACCUGUUUACCAAGCCCGACCUCUUCCUCGUAGUGCAAGAUAUCUUUCCUACCGAGACAACAGCUGUGGCAGAUGUGGUGUUGCCAGCGGCUCAGUGGGCAGAGAAAACUGGAUGUUUCACCAACGCUGAUCGAACCAUGCAUCUCUCGCAGAAGGCCGUCGAACCACCGGGGGAGGCUAAAUCUGACCUGGACAUCUUCUUGGAUUUCGGACGGCGGAUGGGCUUUAAGAGCAAAGAUGGAGGGCCCCUGAUCCCAUAUACCACGCCGGAAGAAGUCUUCGAUGCAUGGAAAAAGAUGUCAUACGGCCGUCCUUGUGACUGUAGUGAGCUCACGUACGAGAAACUUACUGGCGGAUCUGGUAUUCAAUGGCCUUGUACUAAGGAGUACCCGAAUGGAAAAGAGCGCUUGUUCACCGAUGGCAAAUUCUUCACUGACCCAGACUACUGCGAAGACUUUGGGCAUGAUCUCGAAACUGGAGCGCCUUAUACUCGAGCACAGUAUCAAGCCAUGAACCCUGCUGGACGAGCUAUCCUCAAAGCAGCUCAUCACAAGGCGCCCCUUGAAGCUCCUGAUGAUCAGUUUCCUUUACUCCUCUCAACAGGGCGCAACGUUUUCCAUUUCCAUACACGGACCAAGACAGGAAGGGCCAGACGGCUGCAGCAAGCCGAUCCACAGCCAUUUGUUCGUAUAUCUGAAGCGGAUGCGAGAGCUCUCUAUCUCACGGAGGGGGAAAUGGUUGUAGUGAGGUCCCGGCGUGGUAGUGUAGAGCUCCCUGUGAGAAUUGGUGAGAUUAACAAAGGACAUGUUUUUAUCCCGUUCCACUUCGGUUAUUUCGAUUCAAAAGACCCGCGAGCGCGAGCCGCCAAUGAGCUUACAGUUGCAUAUCAAGGUCAAAAGCCCUCAGACUCUGCUUGUUCCAGUGGCAGCAUUGGAUGA